UCGUCUCGUCUCGUGCUGGAUCGCGUGCUUGCUUUCUGCGAUGGGAAUCUUGCGUGCCGCAUGUUUGGCUGCUCUCGGUCGUCUCAAUCGGAGGAGGCGUGCGUGCGAGCGAGCACUCUGAGCAGGACCGCCGAGGGGACGGGAGUCAGCCACUUUUCUUCCUCCUUCUCUCGUUCUCUCUCUGUCCUUUUCUUUUUUUCCUCUGUCCACUUUUUUGCUCGUAAAUUGCUCGUUUGCGUCGGGGAGGGAGGAAAAUGGUGGAGGGAUAUGCGCGUCUCGCACAGCGCAAUUGGGCGCGUGUACAGUGAGGUGAUAGAUUCGAAGAUAACGACCUGGGGCAGAGAUUCCGGAGACGGGAAGAAAGCGGAGGAGGGAGGAUUGGGGAAAUAGUAGAGGGCCCAGCGAUUUGGGCCGGAAUUCAUUUGUGGGUUGGAAUCGGGACUGAUUUCAGCAGCGGAAGUCUGUUGUGUAGAGCGUGGAGCAGCAGCGAGGAGGGAAAUCGGCGUCAUUUUUUUCGCACCGGCGCGAUCGUCGAGAUCAGUACAUUUUCAUCCCCGCAGCGCACGAGAAUCGAGAAGCGAGCGGAGAGAAUUUGCAGUGGGCUGGGGGCAGGGGCGGUGCUGGAUAUGGUAGGCAGCCCCUGUAACUCCCGCUUUCACCCCAGUGCGCAGCAGGGCGUCUCGUCGUGCUGGACGUUGCCUCCAUGGCCAGAACAGGUGCUACGCCCAGCAACUCUUCUUCUUCUACCUCAUCGCCUCCUGAACUCUUCGCAACUGACAUCACCAACAACUUUGUGGAGCUCAAGAAUGUGAUCCUCAACGAAUUUCACGUUCUGCGCAAGUUUCUGCUCAUCAGCUUAUGCGAUCAGGCCCUUCGAGUGACUCUGGACAGCGACUUGAGUUCUUCGAUUGGAUUCCAGCUCAACAAUGAAAACAUCGACAACAACGAUGAAAGCAGCGGGACGGAGCCAGUCGUGGCAACGUUUCUGGCAGAUGACUUUAGCGAGUUGUUCAACACCGUGAAUCUUGUCAAUGAGGUGAUUUUACAACCUCGGCAAGUCCAGCAAGUUAUUUUGACGUUCCGUCCUUUGGAAUCAUCAAGCGAUGCUUCGGAGCACGAAAGGGAUUUCAAAGAAGGGCAGCGGGAGAUUGAGUUGUCUUCCGAUGCAGAAAUUCAAGAAAAUGGGUCUGUUGAGCCGUCUUCUAAAGCUGUACAUCCCCGCGCUAAUCAGUCCUUCAAGGUCACUGGCAUGGUUUUCCUGUCGGCCACAGUUCUCAGUGACAAUUCCAGAACGCAAGUGGCUCCAAUUUCAGACAAGAGUCUCGAUUGUCGCCAAGACAUCGUUAUUCAUUUUCAAUCAACAGUCUGUCGGUCUAUUUUGAAGGCGGAUGUUCAAGACAUUGUUUUCGACGACUGCGUUCCCGGAGGAGUAUUUGUGAAAGAUUUUAGUGUCUGGAAUUUAUCUGAAGUUCCAUGUUCAUUCCAGCUUCAUGUCAAGAAUGGCCAGACUGAACAACCUAGUCUGGACCUUACAGAUUAUGACACAGGGUUGCCUAUUUCAAGUGGGGAAAUCAAAAGCUGUGCUCAUCGACGAAUACGGGUGAUGUACAAGCCAAGAGAAGUUGGCGAUUGCGCGUACUCUAUACAGUUGGAGAACAGUUUCGAUGUGCGGAACUCAACCUGCAUACCUGUACAAUGCAUUGUUAAUGCAGAACACCGAAGAGAAGGUCUUCUUGUUACUGGCGUUGGUGAAGAUGGUGUUCUGGAUUUUGGGGAUUGUUAUGCAAACAAUGGUACCUGCCAAAUGUUGACUGUGAGGAAUAUCACUCAGGAGGCCCUUGUGGUCAAUUUGGGAACAGACCACUCUCCUGGAGAUAAGGUUAACUUUUACUUGCAACCUGAGCUUGAUAUGUCAGCGGGCUCCACCACACUUUAUCAAGCCGAUGCCAACAAUCCAGAACACAGCCCGCUGAUUCCUGACGAUGAAUCCACCUCAAGUGUGCUUACUCUCAAACUGGGAGAUUGUUUGGGCACCCGUGUCAACUUUGACAAAAAGAACAGGGUGGAAGAAUUGUCACUUGGACGUGGUGAGGAGAAAAAUCUUCUUGUUUGGUUUUAUGCAGCCGGUGCAUCGGAUGAAGCGAAAGCACCAAAACUACAGCGAAGGACCUUCCGCCUCUCCCUUAAGUGUGUUGAAAAGAAGGGUCGAAGUAAACAGCGCUUCUCGAACAUUAUUCAGGGUAAAGCUCGCGUGUGUACAUCGAUUGUGAAGCUGUCCACACCAGAGCUUAAUUUUGGUGACUGCAACAUCGGAUCACAUAAAUCAGCGAGUGUGGAUAUCAUGAAUCUCUCUGAUCUUCCUGCUCUCGUGACUUCAUACGUCACGUCCACGGUGCUGAGUUUCAAGUCCAACGUUGAAAGAGUGCUGAUACCUCCUCGACAGUCAUACAGAUUGGAUAUCGAUUUGGUGCCACUUAAAAUCAAUCUGAAUUAUCGCAAGCAGAUCAGUAUUGACAAUUUUUAUAACAAGGAAAAUCAGCAGGUUUUGGAAGUUCGUGCCAAAAUCAUGGAUCGUCAUCACGUCCUCCUCCACUCUCUAUACUACAAACUACAUACUCCGUCGACGAACAACUUUCUCAACUUCGACUGUGCUAUUGUCAACAAUCCAAGUAUUCGAACACUAGCUAUCGAGAACAUUACAGAAAAGAGUCUGGUGCUUGGGUUUAGUACCUCUUUACCGGAAGAGCUAGGUAUUUAUCAACUCCGAGACGAUUGCCAGUCAGAACUCGGAGACGAUACUUGCAGUACACUAAGUGAAGGAAGUGAGGAGGAGACUCAUGAAAGCAGGAGAAGAGCUUAUGCUGCUCUAAUGAACAAAGAGAAACUCCUCGAAACGCUUGAAGAAUCGCAACCACGACUAAAGAAGGCAAUUGUUGACUCGGCUCCGUUUCCGGUGCAGCAAGGUCACAAUAAGUCGAUACCUCCGCGGCCACCAUUCACACCGUUUACCGGCUCCAAGAGGAAAGCGAGAAUGAGGAUGUCUCUUGAUCUUGCUACAAGCUCCUCCUUUCCAAGCAACGGUGGUGAUAAAUCUCUGUUACUUGUUUCAUCUGGUUCUGGAUCGGUGUCUGGAAACGGUGAAUCCAAAGUUGAAUCCCUAGAUGCUGUGAAACCCUUUGGCCAUCCGGGGGAUGACAUUGGGCCUCGCCCUUUGAAGAGAGUACAGAGCAGCGCAGUGCUGAGUGCAAUUGAAGAGGUGCAAAAUAUUGUAUCAGAAAGUUCACAGGAAGAAGUUUCCCCUGAGGGUAUUGAGGAAGUACUCAAGCGACUGAGUGAUCAUGUCAUCUCUAAUUGCACAUUUGCAGAUGAAGAAGCUGCGAAGCAGUAUGUGGAAAAUCAAAUAAAGGAUCGGGAUCUUCUGAUGCAUGUUCUGGAAGAUGUUCCUCGAACUUUAACCCCAGUUCGGAAACUUGAGAUUCUUCCCGGUGAAACGAAACUGCUGUAUGUUUUGCUUACGGUGGAUGGGCAAGUUCGUUCUACUGUGCAAGGACGUCUCCAAAAACAAACAGCAAAGGUGAAUAUACAGCUUUUGGACUAUGACAAGGAGCGUCAGGAGCUUUUGGAAGGAGGCUUUUUAGAGCCCGCAAUAAAUGAAGAUCUCCUCACACGAGAGCUACCCGUGAAUUUUGUGGUCUGUAGGGCUCUUCUCUCCCUUGCACAGAAGAAUAUCAGUUUCGGAGCGCUUCUUACAAACGAACAUCGUGCAAAAACUCUUGUGCUAACAAACAUAUCAGAUGUUCCUUUGCUUUACAAACUGAAAAAGACGGGUUCCAUAGCUUCUGGAGACUUGCACAUAAUCAACGGACGUACUGGUAUCUUGCGGCCACACAGUACGUGUGAAGUGAAUUUUGUGUUUCAACCUUCGUUGGGUGGGUCCUUUCAUGAAACUCUUGUCGUAAGUAAUGUCUACGAUCCUAGCAAUGAUCAGGUUGUCACUCUGAAGGCCACCAUCAGCCGAGCAGAUACGUUCUGGUUGAACACCUCCAGCAUUGACUUUGGAGGGGUGAACGUUGGAGAGUGGUCAAGACCCCAGAGCAUCGUAUUCGUGAAUAAUAGCAAACAGUCACGAACCUUCAUGUUAAAGGCAGGUGACUCUGGUUCUGAUGAGAGGGUCGUCAAGCCUCCAUUUGAUGUAGCCACAGAUGAAUCUCCAGUUUUGAGAUUCAUGGUAGAAGAGGAGAAGAAAUUGUCCUCGGCAAGUGCAGUUGGACCGGAGCAGGAAUUGAUUGAGGCACUGGAAAGAAAGGGCCUAGCCUAUGAGCGGAAAGGCAAAGCAGACAAAGCAGCCAAGAUACGUAAGCAGAUUGAAGAGCUCAAAUCACGAGAUUCGUUUACAGUGACUGCCGAGAAAGAGAUUGAUGUGGAGGGUUCUGAGGGUUCUAAAGUUGAUAAAGCUCAAAGUGGUAGCGAUACGGAGUCACAACACAAUUAUAGUCCCGGAGAGAGCAAUGCUCCAAUUGCUGAUCAGGGCUUGGGCAGGAGGUCUUCAGCCAAGGGUUCAGAUGGAUAUGUCAGUCUCUCAAUAAAAGGAGGUGAAUCCAAGGUCGUUCUUGUGAGCAUCCUCUCUUCUUUAUCAGCACCAAGCCAAAGGGUUGUGGGUACUCUUCUUGCUUAUGAAAGCAAAAAUCAGGACGUGGUGAAAAAGAUUCAGUACGAAGCAACUGUGGUGCAGGGUGAGGAUCUUAGAGAUAUAUCUGGAUCAGUAAACUCAAGCCCCUUUAAGUUGAAAUUGAGAACGUCUGGACCGGAGAUUCCCCGAUAUGCCACCUUGUUAGCUCCAUCUCCAAGUCUUUCGCCUGAAAGUUCAGCACCAACAUCACCUGUAGGUGCCUACACACCUCAAUCAGCUGCUGCUCAAAAUCUGUCCAGAACCUCAUCACCGGAUCUUUCUACAUCCAUAUCUCAUUUUAACGACGCACUUAUAUCGUCGAACAAGGACGCGGGGCCUUCAUCUAACCCUCGAAAUUUAGCCACCAGCUUUGCUCACGCUUUAGAUGGCGAUGGCUGGGGUUCAAAACAACAUAUUCUUCAAUGGGGGGGCGAGGAAGCAGAGGGAAUCGCCUCGGUUGAUAAUGUCUCCGAUUGCAUUGGUGUUGACGAGGAUGACGGUAGCAGAUCUGAAAGUUAUAGCGGAGUAUCUGGGUUUGAGCCCCUCUUCAAGAUAGACUUGUCACAACAGACACACGAUCAAGCAACAGGUAUUGCAGAGCACAGAGAUGGUGAUGAUGAGAUGGUAAUGUACUUAUCCUCGGCUGCAGAUCUUGCCAAAAGUUUGGUGUCUCAAAAGAUUCAAGAGCUGGGGAAGGCAAUAUUUGCUGGAGAACUUAAUCUUGAGGAUUGUUCUUAUCAGGAUAAGAGGGAGGCAUCUUUUACCCUGAGAUCGUUAUCAAGUCAAGACAUUUCUAUCCAGUUUCAUCUCGCAUGGGAUGGAGAACCUGACGUCGUUGAGUUGUGGGUUCGCAACCUGGACGAAGCUGUGGAAUCCUCUGGUGAAGGCGAUUACUUGGCAGUUCCAUCUUCCCUAUCGAAGGGCACACGACUUAGCUGGGAUCAGACUGAGGCUUCUGACUGUCCUAAGGAUGACAACAUUUUUUAUACUUCGAUAUACUUGAAAGGUGGGGCCGUUGCAGUUGUCACGCUGGUACGUCCAGAUGAAUCUCCUCAAGUGGAUCUGCUGAGAAUAGAUUCAAAUGGUGCUGCAACUGAGAAUGGAGGAGUGACAGACGGCUAUGAAAGGAAGGUGCAAGCCACAGGAGUCCUUACAAUGCAUGCACGACCUGAUGAUGGGCUUUCACAGCAGCUUCUCGUUCGUGUGAAACAACUUGAUCGAUGCCUCAAAGUCGUUCCAUCAAGUCUGGUUUUUCCCGAGUCAGAUCUAUCCACUCCUCUUACGCAAGACUUGACUAUCAAAAACAGAAUUGGAUCGAUAGUCACGUACACUACUACUAUCACUGGGCCCAGGGAAAAACUCCUCGCUGAUAACAAUGGGGCACUCACUGAUAAUCUAUCUGCCUCAUCCAACGAACUCGCAGAGUUUUCACCUUCCUUGUCAUGUGAGUCUGUUCUGUCUGUUAGUCCUGGCUCCGGACGCAUUGAAGCUCAUGGAUCUAUGAUACUAAAAGUAACUGGACGACCGUUGAAGCCUGGAAAGCAGAUGUAUACUGUUCACAUACAAAGCUCAGCAUGUCUUCAAGAAACCCAGAUUAGCAUUACAAUGUUGCCAACUAGAGUUCACUGUCUUUACCUGCCUGACCUGCCGGAUGGAGGUGCUUUAGAUAUGGGCUUUUGUUUCAUCAAUGCGCCGUCUGGUGUAAAGGUUGUCCCGUUGAGAUUGCAAAACCUUGCCGGUGAAUCCUUGCUCCUGUCAUUCCGAUCCAACUUAGCGAAGCAAGUCUACAUAUCGACAAGUUCAGAAGACCUAAAGCGGACUGAUGAGUUUCUGUUACCUGGUAGUGCAUCUUCAACAGUUUUUAUGUGUUUAAAGCCAGGCGGGGACGCAACAGCUUUCGAAGGUGGGCAGUGUCGAGAGAUAAUUGGAGGAAUGAGGAUAACUGCCCGUUCGAUACCUCCGGACAGUACAGCAGGAGGAUGCUCUAGCCAAGAGAAAUCUUUAGAUGAAGUUAUGGUGAAAUUCCGAGCUAUUGUCGGGAGAAGUCUCUUGCAAGUGUCCACCUCAAUGAUAGACUUGGGGCGUGUUAGAGAAUAUGGGGGGUUUGUGACAGGUGAAUUUAUGGUUUCCAACCCUAGCAAUCAGAUGCCUUUACAUUUCUCGUUGACUUCUAAGAAAGCCAUACUAUCUGUCUUGGAUGGACAACUGGCUGGUAAGGAAGCUGGACGCUCUGUUGGCCAAUUUGGAAAGUCCGAUAUGGCUGUGAAGUUCUCGUUACCAGUAGUUGAUUACGGCCUUAUUGAAGAUAAGGUGGUUGUUAAGAACCUUUCUUGUCCUGGACAGACUGCAGAAUUGGUCAUUCGACUAUUUGUUGAUGGUGGUGUUGUCGAAGCUAAAGCAGAGCAACCACUGCCGCAUUGUGAGGAAAACAGGGAAGAAGAUUUCUCUUUUCCUCUGGCUCCAGGCUCUCCUUCAACAAACUCUGUCUCUGGACUAUCCAAAGACCGAAAAAGCAAUCCUUCGGGGACUCUCGGCCGCACUUUGCCAUUUUCGUUGAGAGGAGAAGAUGACAAUCGUUCCAGCCGGCAGAUACGGAAAGCUUCCUCAGCAGGAGAUUUCUACUUUGCAAACCUGACUUCAUCUUUCGGUAGACCAGAUGGCUUCACAGAUGAUAAAACCGAGAAGUGUAAUGAUCUCCGAGGUGAUCAUGUACCCUUCUUGGAAGCAAACUCUAUUAUGGACAUGGGAACUGUAUUUAUUUCACCUAUCGAUAGAGGACAGGAGUAUGACAGUUCUUCUGAUAAACUACGUUCCUCAUUCUUCUCAAUUACUGACCUCCGUCCCUAUCACACUUCAUUGGUUAUCACAAACCACUCACAGGAGGUGAUAGAACUUGAGCCUUUCAGCAAUCUGCCGGUGCUUGUUGACUCUGAUCAGCGGUCGAUGGUUUCACGAGAUUCCAGAGAUUAUGGUGGUCAAUCUACUGCUCCUGACAGUGACAAGUUGAACGAGGGAUAUGAGAUCCAUCAAGAUACUUCGGAUGAGGAGUUUGCCCGAGAGGAGUUGAUUUUUCCGGAGAAGUCUGAGCUUGUAACCAAAUUUACAUCCUGUGGGCGCUCUUUUCUUCUCCAACCUGGUUGUUCGACAAAAGUGCUCACGGCGUGUGUAGGUCUCCCACGCAUGUCUUCGUCGGAGUUGGAUCAUUUUCGUGGGGGUAAUACUUCAACACUCGAAGGAUUGCUGUUGUUCAUAAAACGUAACCCUGUCGUUGGUGAAGAUACCUCCAACAAGUUACAAAAUUGUUAUGUUUAUGACGAAGUUGAUGUAAGUCAUCAAGUUGUGGAAGUGUUGAACAUUGUAGCUUCGAUGUGUAUCUCGAAAGGUCAACUUGCUAAAAGCUACGUCGAACUUGGUAAGGUGGGCUAUGCAAACAGGUGGGCAGAUGUCCAGUUCGAGUUAACUGUGGAGAAUAUCAGUGAUGCAGUAUUGGUGUACCAGCUUGUGGAUGUUCCAAGUUGCUUCUCAAUUCUUAUGAACGAUUCACCAACAGAGUAUAAUGUUGACGAAUUGAGGAGUUCUGUAGUUCCAAGGGGCUCCAGCACUUUGAGGAUUACUCUACGUACUUCAAAGCUGGAACACGUGAAGGAAGCAGGUCCUUGCUCAUGGCGUCUCUGCCUGCUGAAUUGCAAUAACCCUCAGAAUCUGAUGGAGCUUACCGUAGAAGCGGAAAUGACUGUCUGCAAUCUUCGUUUUGGAGGAUUGACCGAAUCUGCUUUAUUGUUACCACCUCUUACGUUGCCUGCUCUACCGAGUGCACCACCCUGUAUCACACAAUUCAUGGUGGAGAAUCUAUCGCUUGAGUCUCUUGGUGUAGCUCUUCAACUGCAACAAGCUGAGGAAACAGAGUCAUUGGUCAUGUUGGAGAUUGUUUCUCAGGAAAACACCACCAUUGGGGAGCUGACGUUGGGCCCUGGCGAAAGAGCUGAGCUGCGUGUUUGUGCGCGCCCCAUUUCCGAUAAUAUCCCUUCUCACUUCCUCGCACGAAAGGCCUCAACUAUCAGAUUUCCAAAUGUGGGCAGUAACGGUGGUUUGAGUAGCAAGUACUGGGAAAUAUUUUCCUCCGACAUCCCAAGGAAUAUUAAUCGGACAAAUUCCAGUGGGCAGGACUUAAAAGUUCUGGAUAUUGAGCAAUCUGAUGCAGAAGUAGAGGUUGAAGGAACUCUAUCCAUACUGCGAGGAGACUCUGAGCUUGCAAGUACAGUUUGCUUGGGGCAGUUGUAUAUGUUUUCAUCUCCUCACACACCGGAUUGUAUUCCUAUCCACGGCGCUUUACUUCCGGGUUCAUCUUUUGAUAUAUCACCGCGUAACCUCCAUCUUCAGGCGAGAUUGGGAGGAGCAGAAUUGCCUCAGAAAAUACCAAGCUCGGACGAUGUUGAGAAUGGCAGCAAGAUACCACCGGUAUUAUGGGAAGGGCGACAUGAGCCAACUGCAACGUCGCAAGUUGUCAUUAGAAAUUUUAGAGCGUUUGAGUCUUUGCAAUUUUCUGUGCUUAUAGGUGAUAGCGAACAAGAGAUUCUCAGAGAGAUAGUUUCUGAUUAUCUUUCUGUACAACCAUUAGAAGGCUCUAUUCCUCCCCAUGGAAAUGCUGAGAUUACAAUUAAAUCUCGACCCUGGUCCAGAGAUGUCUAUGAUACAUUCAUGAGAAGUUCAGCUCGUGAAGAGAUUCUUAACCCUGAACCAAUCGCAUUAACACUAUUUGUACAAGAUGUUGAAGGGCAAAAGUCUGAAAGAAGUUCGGAGCGUAUAGUUCUAAGAAUUAGACCCCCAGUAGAUGUGAAGGAUCUCAGAGAGGAAGAUAUUGAAGCACCUACGAAAACUCUGUCUAGAAAUUUGUCUGUUGAUAAGAAGGACGUUGCCCGCGCGAGUAAUGGUUCUCCUCUGGUUCUUGGCCUUCGAGGCUGUACUCCAGUAGGUGGCAGCCAUCUCUGCUAUGAAUUCAAUCUUGGACAGCAGAAUGUAUCAUCUGGGGGACGUUUGAACUGGGAUUUAACUUUAGUGGGAGAUAAAUCCUGGCCAAUACACUAUCGAUUGUGCACCAUCAGCGAAGGCGACACGAAAUGGCUAACUAUAACCCGUCCCAAAGGACUUGUUGAGGCUUCUCAGCAAACGAUAGUUCAACUUAGUUUCUCCACUAAAUCAAUGGGUGUAUAUUCCACAUACUUGGUGGUAGAGAAUCUGGAGAAUCCAGCUGACCUGAAAACUGUCCACCUAAGUCUCGAAGUAGUGGCUCCACGCAACGCGCGUCCAGAAGCACCGUCGUUGACAUUUUUCCAUGUCCUUGUGCAAGGUGACAGGUCGGAGGGAAUGGUUAUAGACAUGGGAGAAGUGUACUACAACUUCUGGUAUCGAAAUCGGUCAUUUGCCAUUGUGAACGAGGCCCCAGUAGCUAUGGAGUUUCUGUUGUCUUCCAGUAUGGAUCAGAAUGAGUCAACGGAACUUAACUUCUCUCUCGCCAAUACGUCAUUGAAGCGAUUCAGCUCCAUAACACUCGGUGCGAAGAGCAGUGUACGCAUCUGGAUUCACUUUUGCCCAGGCCCAGCCAAGGAGAAGCCUAUCACCGAGGAUACCUGCGACGAAAUGGCAGCGAACAUAUUUGUAAAUUGUCGGCUUGUAAAGGAUUAUCAACAGUGCAUCCCGUUUCGCGCAAGAUGUCGCUAUCCGCAGAUUGGUAUAUCAACAACAGAUAUUGUAUUUUCCACACGACGUCAAGGACAGACCUCUAUCUGGAUGCAAGAAGAUUCGAGUUGUGCAACAGGAGAUACCAUGUCUGAGAAUGGUCCUGUAAAUGCUCCACUGAUUGAGAGCGUAGCUGUAGUUGGAUCUACAGGGUCACAGUGUCUAAUACCCGUACUAGAUGAGCUCGCAUAUCAGUCUGUGGGUGGGUCAGCUGAUGACGCUGUUCCAGCUGAACAAUCGAAGGAUGUAUUGACUCCAGUCGGACAAGUAGGAAAAGCGAGGCGCGAGGAGGACAUGGAACUUUGUCCUCCACAGCAGUUGCUAGUUGUCAGAAACCUAUAUGCUCAUCAACCGUUACAGUAUCUUGUGAAAAAUGAUUCUCUGUUUUUCAUAGCAGAUUUUCCAGAGCCACAGGUCAUACCAUGUGCGAAAAUCAUACCAGAACUGACGGAAGAUCUUAACGGACCUUGCGAAUCACUUCAUUCCAUCGUUGUUAGACCAAACAUGGAAAACCUUCGUCUGCACCAGAAGACGAUAUUGAAGCAGAAGUACCUUGAGGAGCAUCUGACUAUCUACAACCGGUCGAAUCCUCGUGAGAAGUAUACUGUGAGCUUGCGGAUUACAGCUGGACACUUGCGCAAUUUUUUUGCAGCUCCGGGGCGUAAGAAUUCAUACCCAUUCAACCGUCUAGAGCUCCUGAUCACUUCUUUCUUGAGCACCUUUUACUCCCUGACAAAUCAAAUGUUGGCUGGGAUAGUCCCCAGUAACCUCCGUUCGAUUACAUCAGGCGAGGUUAGAACCGAGAAAGGUCGUGUUAACGACGAAGGGUCGAGCAGUCUGAUGAAACAGCAAUUGCGCAACAGACAAGUGGGAGCAAUAUCUCAGGCUCUUGAGGAAUGUCUAGAGUCGAGAAUGUUCAGCACCCAUGCUUCAACAGACUACGAGACUCUUUAUUUUGAUUUUCACUACUUGACCGAUGAACUUGUAUUCUACUGUCUAAAAGAACGUUGGAGUAGAGGCGGCGGAACCUUGGAGCUAGCAACAGUGCAACUAGCUAAACUCCUCUAUUGUGCUCUGUAUCGGUGUCAGAUCUUCCAGGUUUGUCUGGACAGUUGCUGGAACUUUUCGUCGUUUGGAUCCACAAGCACCGUGACUCCUGAAGACCAGGCUGAUGAAGAUGUCGGCGCGAUGGUCAGCCAAAUGUACUUGUCUCCCAAGUUCAAAAAUGGGGUUGUAGAACCUGACGACGGGCCUCCAGAGAUUGGCAACUUGGCGCAAGGAGAGGUGAUACCAGCCCCGAGGCAGAGUCUGAAGUUCCUCGAGGAUUGGACAGGCCAGCUGCGUCAUUUCUUGUCAUUCUUCCCUGACAGUCGAGAGGAUUUGAUCCCUCUCAGAGAGCUCAACCAGAAGAAUCAGGAUGUGAUUAUUGCAUGCAGAUGUGCAUUCGGUAGAGAGAACCAUUCUUUAAUGUACAGAUCGUAGGGCUUAGAUGUAGAAAUUUUCACUUGUAUACUAGUAGCGUAUGUUGAUUUUUGAUUUGUAGGCAUUCAAAUGUAUUCAAGGUGCCCCACAUAUAAGCUAGAAUUAGAAUUCAGGAUUAGAAGCCAAAGGGGCAGUUAUGCAAUCACCAUAGGAUCUGUCUUUUCCUGCGCUUCGUUCCAUCAUCAAUCUUGUAGACGGGCUCCUUAUAAAUCUACAUGGUUGUCUUACACUCCCUUAAACGGGAUGUUUC